AUGGUCAAAGAAUAUCCAUCUACUCUGUGUCGCGAUUCGGCCGUGGAGAAAAUUUUGACAUCAACGAAAACCUUACUGCUAAUCGGUUCCCCGCCGAACUCUACACUGGUACGCCAUCAAAUCAACGGCGUUUCCUCGUCGCCAUCAUCGUCGACAUCUAGCAGCCGUAAGAGUAGAGGAGAUAGCAGUGACAGCAGCAACAGAAGUUCGAGACCAAGGUCUCGGUCUUUCGCCAGACGACUUCUUUACCUUCUGCCUCAGAGUCUGAGGGAAUUCCCGACGACGACGACGAUGUCGAGUUUGUCGCCGAAAUCCGCGUCGGUGAAGGAAGAGACUAUCAAGUCCGAGUGUCUGGAAAAUUCGCAAGCGUAUGAUGACUUGUACAGUUUCCAGCCAGCGUCUUCCUCUUCUGGAAACACUUUGGGUCUCAGCAGGGACAUGCGGAACAAGGCGGAAAAGCUGCGAAGGGACAAGCUAAACAAGCACAUCGUGGAGCUGGGCGAGAUCCUGCCUGCUGUCAAGAGCACUCCGAAGCGGCUCGACAAGACGUCCAUCCUACGCCUGGCCGCCAACUUCCUUCGCGUGCAUCGGAAUAUCGUCUCGCUUUUGUCGGGGAACCAACGAACCAAAUGGCCGUCCACUUGGGUCGACUCACUCCUGGAGUCUUCCGAGUCCUUCCUGCUCGUUACGACCGGCACGGGCAAGAUCCUCCACGUGUCCGAGUUUGUUGAGAAAUUGCUCGGUCAUGCCCAAUCUUCCGAGUCCUUCCUGCUCGUUACGACCGGCACGGGCAAGAUCCUCCACGUGUCCGAGUUUGUUGAGAAAUUGCUCGGUCAUGCCCAAGUUGAUCUUCUUGGACACCAAGUGUACGUUAUUGUACAUCCGGACGACCGUGGGAUUUUUGCUCAGGCCCUACAUCCUCAGCCCGGCAAUCGUGACAGGAAAGUGUCGCAAAACCAGUUGGAUGACUGGUUGUUCCUCGGGAUUGCAUCACCAGUCAAAUCUGCGACCAUUCUUGGACUCACGUUAUACCAGACCAUGCAAGACGAGUAUUACACCAGACACAUGUUAGACGGCCGCAUUGUCAACUCCGAUCAGAGGAUUUCCCUCGUAGCUGGGUACACAGUGGAAGAGGUACUUGGAAAAAGUGGGUUUUCCUAUGUGCUAAGCGAGGACAAAACCAUGGCUGCUCUGCUGCAUCGAGAAAUGUUGUUCAGCAGUCGGGAUGGAUCUGCCCAGGUGACCUACAGACUCCGGACGAAGACGGACGAAUUCGUGUACUUGAAAACCAAGGGCUUCCUGGAGUUCAACCGCAGCAACGACGCCGUGGAGUCGUUCAUUUGCAUCAACGCCAUGAUCAGCGACGCGGAAGGGCGGGUCGAGAUGCGGAGGCAGGUCGAGCUCUAUCGCAACUCGCCUCUGCUGCGCCAAUACGCCGCUCGGAUGGAGACGAACGGAUCCUGGAUGCCACCGAAUCAGGUCGCCCAAGGAAUGCUCAAGUUCGGCUCGCAAACAUACUCACCCUUCGUCCCAGGCACAUUCACGCCGAAUUCCCCAAUUUACCCGUCUAUUCCGCCAUACGCGGCUGCGCCAACAUACGCCAACAUCAGCUCACCUAGUACACCCCGUUGCAACGGAAACUCUUCGUUGUCCCCCGAAAUGCUCGGGAACGGGGCUUCUUCAGCAUCACUGAGUCACCAGCAACACGUUGUUCCUCACGAAAUUGACAAUAUUCUAAAUCCUGCUUAUCCUGCUGGCAUUCCACUGUCGAUUCCCAUCAGUCAACGAAACUCUGCCAUUCUUGGACUUGAGGAGCACCAUCAGAAUCACAUACCGGAAAUAGAUCCGGGUCAUUCAUCACCUGCGACCCGGCCUGUUGCGACCCCUUACACCAACAAUGGGCUUUGUCAUGGAUAUAAUGCGGAUGAUUUUGUCAAUAAUGAGCAACACAGAUUAACGAAUGGGAUUCAAAACGGGCAUCAUCAUCCUCACCAUCAUAGCUCGCAGGUGACUGUGGAAUGUAACCCUCAACAACCGAUGACUACGGAUCAGCACAGUCGAAAACUGGACCCGUACCCGCCGCGUGUGGGCAGCAUUUGGACCCCACCAACGAUGUCUCGAGCGUCGAGUGUCGGAAUGAUCCUCAGCAGGUCCCAGCCUCAUGAAACUAGGUGUCGCACGCUGCAACCCCACAACUCAUCCACGGACCCGCAGCAACCAUCAGCAAUCGAAUCCUCACCCUCUUUCCAACAGUCAUCAUCCUCACCAUCCACGAAUGGGAUUCUUGGAAGAGGGAACCACGAUGAUCAUCCCUGGCCCUGCGACCCUUGCUGUCAGUCUGGUGGUUCCGGUGGUGCCAGAUGCGCCGACGCCGGUAACGGUGACGAGUUCCGUUCGCAUCACGGCUGGCCAGUAAAGUGUGCACCUUACCGGACUGCGGAAGAUGUAGUUCAAGUUUCUAGUUCAACCGAAAAUCCGAAUGGCAUUUGCAUGAUCAGUAGCAGCACGACGAAAGAAAACAUCGGGGACGAUCAUCGAGCAGAACCGAGCAACUCUGUGUUUGCUGAACAAAGAUGAGGCUCAUGUUUGAUGAAAUCACAUAAUUUAAGUCAUCGUGCUUCAUUUGUUUACGAUAAUCCAUAAAUGAUUUCGACGUUUCGAUGAUUGAAUUUUGUGUUCUAAUUUUUUUUUCUCUUCUGAAGCAUUUGACUCAUCGGAGAGAUAUUUCUUCCAACAGAUAUUUUUUUUCUGUCGCCUGUGGAGGAAUUUUGCUUGGAUAUGUUCAUGUUAAUUGGUUGGAAACGAUGUAUCCGAAAUUAAUUGAGGCAUUAUCAACUUCGUCGGCAUUAUCAUCAGGACACAUACAACGUAAGUGUAAAUUCAUUGAGGAAGAAAUUGGCGGUUUUGAAAUUCAUUAUGGAGGACAAAUCAUGAAAUAGGGAUUGGUCAACUCAUCAUUUAGGUUUUUAACUAUGGACUGACGAUAAAAAUAGCAAUAUCACGUCACAGCUUUUAGAAUUGAUGAUUCUAACAAUUCUAAUUGUCAUUGGGUGCAGGUUGUUUUAUUAUAUAAUUUUAGAAAUUGCGCAGCAAUCCUACGUCUUGCGCAAUUAUUUAGACGUACUGUUCUCACGUGAGUCGGAAUUUAAAACAAUAAUAAAAGUAAUGUUUAGUUUUAAACUGAAUAAUUUUUUUGAGGGGCAAAGAAAAAGAUUUUUUACUACGUUUUGUCGCGUUGGAUGUUCUCAGAUGAAAAACUCUGAGUGCCAAUAAGCUGGGUGAUUGUGUGAGGCAUAAAUGCCAACAUUUGAUUUUUUGCGUGAAUUGCUGGGGCGUACGUUCUCUGCUGUUGCUACAAAAUGGUACAAUUUGGUUUUUAUGUUUUUUUGUUUAUUUGUUGAAAAUGGAUGACGAAAGCUAAAUCUUCGCCUUGGAAUAUUCAGUCAGUGGCUCAUUUUUGUGGAUGUCUUCGGUGUGUUUGCGUUGCGUAGUCGAGAAGUGAUCCUCUUCUCGUUCGCUGUUGGGCAUGUAUUUUUCCUGCUAUUUUCCUCUCAAGAAGCAAAUAUUUUCUAAAAUAUGUGCUGUAUAACUUUUGUCGCGAUGCUACGUAGAUCUCUGAUUCGAUGCUGAAGAAGUCGUCGUUGAUGUGACUCGAUGUUGGAGAAAGAAAUGGAUUGUGGUUCCUCGCA